CCUACCCAUCAGUUGCUCGUUCUACAUAUAUAUAUAUAUGUAUUUCUUGGAUCAUUUUGGUCUUUUGUGCUAUAUAUGUAUUUGAGAAAUGAGAAUAGGCUACAAAUGUUACCAUCGUGUUGGUGUCUACCAAUAACAGAUCAAGCUUAGAAAAAAAUUAUAAAGCUACAUAUUAAUUAAGUACGUUCUUAUAUAUAUAUAUAUAUAUAUAUAUAAUGAUUAAUUCAAUAUCCGGACGAACACAUCAUAGCGGUGGAAGGAAACUACCGCGGAGUGGCUAAGUGCCACGGAGGUGAUCACAAACCUCGUCAUUCAUUGAGGUUUUGCCCAAGUCUCAAAAAGAACCCGACAGAGUCAUUCAUUUGAGCUAUCUCUCAGGGAUCCAUUUCAACUCCAUCCACACAAAAAAAGGUUAUCCUUCCCUUCUUUCUCCAUAUUAUACCUCAUCUUUUCCUCUUUGGUGUGUCUUCUCUAUAUAUGUGCCACGGAGGUGAUCACAAACCUCGUCUUCAAGACCUCAAAGGGUAGAAAGUCUCCAUUGUUUGGUCCAAACUUGCUUGGAAUUACCACCGGUACAAAGUUUGAUAUUGAGGACGGGGAAAAGAAGAUCGUAGGAUUUCAUGGACGAUCGAGUAAUGCUCUCGACGCUCUUGGAGUUUACUUUGUACAUGGCUCUCUAACCACGCCGUCGUCUCCGCCUGUUUACAAGCUGGAUGCACGAGGUGGUCCAGGGGGACGUGUUUGGGAUGAUGGAUCUUACGGCGGCGUUAAAACGUGGAGCAUUGGUCAAGAUAAUUCUCGUAACAAUCAUACCAAAAAUAAUAUAGUGAACUAUAUUUAUUUAUUUUUUUAAUUUUUAAAAGACUGCCUGAAACUUUCCUUUUUGUUCGGUCUAUAAAAGAACCAUAUAUUCGGAAAAGAAUUGUAAUUCAAAUCUAACCCUACAAAGAGGUUACUUAUGAUUUCGGAGAUGAUUUAGGAGAUGAGAGUUACUUAUGUUUAGGAGUUUAUCUAGACAUAAUGUUAUUCCUAUUAGGAAUUGGUUUUGGUGUUUUAUAUAAAAAGAGUGCUAAGGUUUGCAGAAGUUGUAAGGAGUUUUAAAGAGAGAUUAAGACUGAGAGAUUGUAUGAGCUUAAACUUUUGAGUUAUUUUCUUUGAGCUAAUAAGAGAGUUAUUCUUCAAACAUUCUUGUGUUUUUAAUAUUUCUUGCUAAAACUAGAAGCACAACUCUAAAAAAAAAUGUCUAACAACCAGACGAAAUCGUUGUGUUUGGACGAUCUUAGUGAUCGAGAAAUACUUGAGUAUAGAUUGGAGUGGGAAGGUUUCACCGAAAUCAAGAUGAAAAGUGAUGGAAAUUGCCAGUUCCGUGCUUUAGCUGAUCAACUUUAUAAAACCUCCGAUUCUCAUAAACUUGUUAGACAAGAAAUCGUACAACAGCUUAAAUCUCAUCCAAAGAUGUACAAAGGAUUUGUUAAUAACAUGAACUUCUCCGACUAUGUCAAGAACAUGUCCAAGAACUCUGAAUGGGGCGAUGAAGUCACAUUAAAAGCCGCUGCUGAUGUGUAUGCGGUCAAAAUAGUACUCAUUACAUCAAUCAAACAGACUCCAUUCAUUAAGGUUUUGCCCAAGUCUCAAAAAGAACCCGACAGAGUCAUUCAUUUGAGCUAUCUCUCAGGGAUCCAUUUCAACUCCAUCCACAAAAAAAAAGAUUCAGGUUUAGGUUCUGCCUCGAUGAAGAAGCUACAGAAGAAGAAGGAGAGGGAGCAGAAGAAAAUUGAGGAGGAGCAGAAGAAAAAAGAGGAGGAGGACAAG